CCCUCGGGACGAAGGGCCCGGCGGCGUAAAUGCGGACAGAGGCGUGGAACUAGUGGAGGCCUAGAGCCGCAUUCCUUCCCUGCCGGACGCAGCACAUGGCCCCGUCAAAUUUUUGGUUAUAGAAGCCCGGGACAGAGGAGCAACAAAAACAUGUGUGUCCGCUGUGACUCAGUGGCUCCCUAGGUUUCUAGCCGGACCCUUUGGGGAAGUGCUCCGCAUCUUACCUCCGGCGGGGGAGGGCGGUUGCCAUGGUAACCCGUGGCCGGCGGGCGGCAGUUCGACUGCGGAGAGACCGGAGAAACCGAGAGCGGCGCGUCCUCGCAGGUGACCCGGAAUGACCACCCAUCCAGGAAGCGAUGUCACUUUUACCAGUCAGAAAUCAAUGCCUUCAGAGAACCUUCGAAGAAAGAAACUUCCACCAACUGAAGAAGAGGUAUUUUACAUGAAUUGCAGAGCUGCCUACUUAACCGUCUUCAAAAGCAGCUUAGAAAACAUUAUUUCUAAAGAUCAACUUUACCUAGCUCUUCAGCAUGCAGGAAGAAAUCCAUCCCAGAAAACUAUUAAUAAGUAUUGGACUCCUCAAACUGCCAAACUGAAUUUUGACGAUUUUUGUGUAAUUUUAAGGAAGGAAAAACCUAUUUCAAAAGCAGAACUGCUAAAAGCAUUUAAGCAGUUAGAUGUAAAUGAUGACGGCUGUAUUUCACACACCGACCUUCAUAAAUUUCUAACAAAGAGAGGUGAGAAGAUGACUCCAGAAGAAGUUAAUAGUGUAAUAAAUUUGCCUGAUGUAAAUGUUGAUGGCAAAUUUGACUACAUUAAGUUUUGUAAAUUAUAUAUGACAACCAGCGGGCAGUGUCUCAAGACUGCACUAGAAAAGCUAGAGGCUGACAGUAAACUGAGGCGUCAACAGUUUGGAAGCCAAAUGGAAGUGCUCUCCGAGGGGGACUCGUCGUCAGUACCAAAACCGUCACCUGGAAUCACAAGGAAAAGUGAUCAGGAAGCGUUCUCAAAUAAAGGUGAUACCAGGGAUUCUUUACUGUCAACCGCGAGAAAGUUUAAAGCAUCCGUUUCCUGCACAAUUUCCAUGGCUGCUAACAGUAACCAAAACUCAAAGUUAACUGAGCCAAAUCUAAAGGACUGGCUGUGUGUGCGGUCAAGAGGCUGCUUCUUCUUGGAGGACGGCGGCGAGGUCGUGAGUCACCAGUACAGGACGCACAUAGCCCAGCGGUCCGCAGUGCACCUGACCAUUAAGCCGCUGAACCUGAGUCAUGUCGAAGGAAAACCAUCCCCUUGGUUGUCAGUUGAUACUGUCUUGUACAUUCUUAAGGAAAAUGAGACCCAAGCAAAUCUACAGCUCAUAUGUUGCACUGAACUACGAAACAGAGAAGUGUUUGGCUGGACUGGUGAACUAGGGCCUGGAGUGUACUGGCUAAUUCCUUCCACCACUGGCUGUAGGCUGAGGAAAGAAAGCAUGCCAGUAACAGAAGAAGCCCAGCUUGUCUACAGAGAUGACACUGGGCGGCUGUUUCUUACAAAGGACUUUAGGGUGGCUCUGUCAGAUAUAUUCGAAGUGAUCGACUUGGAUGGAAACGGCCUUCUCAGCUUGGAAGAGUACAAUUUUUUCGAACUGAGAACCAGCGGUGAGAAGUGUGACGAAGAGGCAUGGGCGCUCUGCAAAGAGAAUUUUGAUACAAAGAAGAAUGAACUGACAAGACAGGGGUUCAUGGACUUGAAUCUCAUGGAAGCCAGCGACCGGGAAGGGGACCCUCGUGACCUCUGGGUGACGCUGCACGCCAUGGGCUACGACACAGCUCUGGAGCUGACACAGGCAUGUCCGUUUGUCAUAGAUCUCUAUGCAGAGAGGUGCAAGCCCAGGAUGAAGGCUGUCAGGAUGGAGGCCAGCAGUGGGCAGCUUGAGAAGGCCACUUGCCAGUCUGUCCUGCACCAGGGCCAGGCCAGGGCCAUGGAUGGCUAUGAAGACAUCACCAUCUACACCCGUAGUUGUGACUUCCGGAUAACGUCAGUCAUCGAUAAUAAGUCAGAUAAUAAGGUGAUUAUUCAUGUCAACAAUGAGCUGAGUAAGAACUGCGUCAACAGCAGAGGACUUAACAUAUUUGCAGUAGAAGUGGCACCACAGUCUACCAUGGUUUGUCAACAUGUAAUGCCUCUGAAUGAACGACAGGAAUGGAUGCAUCAUUGUGUAUAUUCCCUCAUAUCUUAACUGAUUCCAUGUGGAGCUGUCAUGCUAAGAAGUACUGCUUUAGGUUUGUUGUUACUUAUUUAUUAAGUAUGUAUUACUCACUUUAGCUGGUAUACCUUUUUUUUUCCUGGUACCAGGGAUUGAACUCAGGACCUUGCACUUGCGAGGCAGGUACGGCGCCACUGUGCUGAAUCCCUAGCCCUAAAUGGUAUACCUUAUUAAUAAUCUAAUUUAUAUGUAUUUACAUUUACAUGUUAUAUACUUUGUGUAUGAUAAAAGUAUAAAUAAUGUUUUCAAUGUGUGUUCUUAUUUUUGUUUGUUUGCUGUGGACUGCUUUUAGUUAACUGUUUUGAAAUAAUGGGAUUUGAGUCUAUGUAACAUUAAGUGAAACAAUAUGGUAUGGAAAAUAAUAUUAAGCAAUUAGGAACCACAUGGCAGUAAUACAACAGUGGACAGUAAAUGUCACCUUCUGAAAUAUGAAUACCAUAUGACAGAUACUAUUUUUGUACCCAGUUCAAGGUGGCACAUUUUUUAAGAGUCAUUGGAUUUGGGGCCCCUGAUUCAGAUUUCUGUAAAAUGGGUUGCCGUAAUCUCACAGAACUCUUCAGGUAAUAUAUCUUAAAAAGUAGGAGUGGAAUAUGAAAAUAUUAACUGCCAAAUUCUUUAUAAAUCCCAAAGAUGUGGCUACGUAUUCUGUUUUGCCAGGUACUGAGUUAUGGGAAAAGCAUACAAAGUUAUCUUUGCCCAGGCUGUAAAGGACAUUUUAGUCUGGUGACAGGGACACAGGGACUGGGGUGUGGCAGCUUCGCCCAUACUCCUGUCACCCCUUAGAUGAUCCAAGCCGCUCCUGUGCUUUCUCCAUUGCUCACAAGCUUGACAGUGUCAUCUCUGCUAGUCGAAAAGACAAAGAUAUUUUGUUCUAAGAAAAUGAAGACCCACGGGACUCUAACACAUAAUGAACAGCAGCUAGACCACAGUUUUGGACCUAUAGAUCAUUACUUCUUACCGAUUGCUUCAAUACUGUGGUAGUGGAGUAUUUCACAAAAAUUCAAGUGCUCAGAUACUUGACUCAUAGAUUUUAGGGAUUCUUAACCAAAGAUAGCUGCUUAGCGUAUCAAAUGUUUUCUUUCAAUUCAAGAGGCACCUCCCUGUUUCCAGCGGCUCCCCACAGAUGUGGCUGCCAGGCGCAGCACUGGCGUGGCUCCUAUGAGGACCCAGCCUUGAGCCCCAGCACCACUAGCUGAAUAACUAAAUAAAGUACAUAAAGUAAGAAUAUUACAUAGAAAGGUUAAGGAUCCAGCCCAGUAGAAAGAGGCCCGCUGCCCCAGACCUUUCCUGUGCCCUGGCUUCCCCCCCGCCUGUGCCCACAGUGUCCCACAAGCUCACCCUGGCACCAGUUGCUUUCCUCUGUUGCUGUGCACAUUGCUUUUCUGCCCCUUUCUUGGCUCCCGGUCUGUUUGCAGUUAAUUCAAACAGUAGCUGUUCCCUCCCGGGUGGUCAGUAGCACCCUGUUCUGCUGCACGUUGAGAGUCAGGUCUUGUCCCCAGUUUCUGGGACACUGUAUUCUUCAGAUCUUCCUCUGGCCGCUGACUGUUCCUUUGUAGGUUUCCCUGCACCCGUACUUCUGUAGCCUCCCACUUCUGCCCCGCCAGCCCUUUGUAAAGCACCCUUACUGUUCAAUUUCAUUAAUCCAGAAUUUUUCAUUUCAUUAAAAGAUUAAAACAUAACAUGUUUAACAGAUUAAAACCCAGUAGAAUUAAUUUUUUAUUAAUUAUCUAAUAGGCAGUUUUAAAUA